UCCGCGGGCCGAGCCUCCCCUCUCUCCCACCCCUUCUCCUCUCUUUCUCACCCCUCGGAGUGGAGCGGCCCAUGCGGCUGCUCCCUGCUCCGUCCCGCCCAGCCACUGUCGUGCAGGAACGGGUCCCUGCAGCCCCCAGUCGAUGGCAGGACAGUAGCCGCCUGUCAGGGGUCGUGAACGGCUGAGGCAGACGCAGUGGCUCCCGGGCCUCAGAGAGUGGGUGUCUCCGGAGGCCAUGGGCUACCCCGAGAUAGAGCGCAGGGAACCUCUGCCCGCUGCAGCGCCGCGGGAACGGCGGAGCCAGGGCUGCGGCUGUCGCGGGGCCCCUGCCCGGGCGGGCGAAGGGAACAGCUGCCGGCUCUUCCUGGGCUUCUUUGGCCUCUCGUUGGCUCUCCACCUGCUGACGUUGUGCUGCUACCUAGAGUUGCGCUCCGAGCUGCGGCGAGAAAGGGGAGCCGAGUCCCGCCUUGGCGGCCCGGGCACCUCUGGCACCCUGAGCAGCCCCAGUGGCCUCGACCCUGCCCAUCUCAUCACCCGCCACCUCGGGCAACAGUCACCUCAGCAACAGCCCUUGGAACCGGGAGAAACCACACUCCCCCCUGACUCCCAGGACGGGCACCAGCGCGGGGUCUUGUGCGCUUACCAGAACGUGGGCUUGUUCACACUUACCUGCUAUUUGAGACUGAUUGUCCUCGGCGUUCUAAGUGAGGAUCAGCGCCCCUGAGGAAUUCUGGUAGAAAUAUGCCGUCU